AUGGGCUCCGCGACGGUGUUCGUGCACGUCGCGUUCUGCCUCGCGACGCUCGGGCAGGUGCUCGUGCUCGAGCGCCGCGUGUUUGCGCUGCGCGCGGAGCGGUGGGCGUAUAAGCAUCCGGGGGAGAUUCUGCCUGUGGCGCAUGGGAGGAGGCGGGGCAGGUUUGGUGGCGGGUCGUUGCCGAUUGCGCCGUGGCAUCGGCCGCCGCUGCCUACGUAUGCGAGCGUUGUGGCGGAUAGCGGGGCGAGGACUGGGGAUGUGGAGGACGAAAUCAUCGCAGCGCCGCCCCCGCCAGCUUAUGGUCACACGCGCGGCAGCACCCUCCUUCUCUCCGGCUUCCUACGCGAAAGUCUGCGCGCCCAGCGUCCGCCCUCUCAGCACAGUCAACGCAGUCAAAGACCGGCAUAUGGGCGCUCUAGUAUGGCGAGCCAGCGCUCCAAGAUGGAGAGCCAACGCGGCUCCCAUAUUAGCGAGAGUCCGCGCUCCCGAACGAGCCAGCCGCAAAUGACCGAACGGCCGGAUUCGCGCAGCAGCUUCUUCAGCUUCGAGUCUAUCACUCAGGACGCCCAGCGCGCCCGGCAGCUUGAGGAUAGCUUGUCGAAGCUGGAAGGCGGGCGGUAA